AUGGAGAGUCACAAUUCGGCCGCGGCAAAGAGCAACACCCCGACCGCGCCUGACACUGACAUGUGGGCGCACUCCCUCAACCAAGCGAGAAAGGACUCUGCCACCGACCAAGUCCAAUCCACACAGAACAGCGACGAGGAAGAAUUGAAGAUUGACGAUGUGGAGGGAAUCACGGACACUAUGCCUGGUGUGAGCGAUGCCGAGGCGAGCUCAUUCCAAGAGGACGAUUCGUCAACUUCACUCGAUGUGGUCGACUCGGUUCUGGUCGAUGUUUCCAUCACGACUGAGGAGAACGGAAUCACUCGCAAGCAGGAAGUUGCCGCGACGGAUCCUCAGGAUGGCUAUGUCCAUUCCGAAGAGAAUGGAAGCCAGGCAGCCGAGACGCCCUCUGGUUCGCCUCGCGGCGCGAUGCCGACCACCAUUCCGCCGCAACUCACUACCAUCUCCUCCAUCCUCAGCUCCGAGACUCUCAAGGCCCCUCGCGGCGUUUGUUCGGAGCACGGCGCCGACAUCAUCACAGUCAAAUACCCACAGGAUCGCAGCUGA